GUGUGUGUGUGUGUGUGUGUGUGUGUGUGUGUGUGUGUGUGUGUGUGUGUGGGGCUGCCCGCGUCCUCGGUUCUGUGGCUCCACAUGGCACAACACAUAGACAAUGUUGGAAAACAAGAGCGCAGCACUCGCUUCACUUGAAGAUCUUUAUGCGUGGUUAGCGUGGGUACACACAGCUGAAACAUGGAAAGUUCAACUAUUAUCUGCAGGUACCGCGGCUGAAAUCUGCGACAAGAGCAGGAAAUGCGUGUGCAUGCGCGCGUGUGUUGUGUGGAAGACAAACGAGCGCUGCAUCGUAGGCUACUGGCCUCCUCCUGCCCUCCUUUUCCUACGUGCUAACCCUGCUGCCUCUCCUCCUCUUCCUCCACCUCCUCAGCCUCUACACUCGUUAUAUAAUGGUGAACUCCUCAGCCUUUGUUAUCUCACACCAACCACACACUAUGCCUUUGCCCGCUUCACGAGAGACAGAGAAGCAGAGGAGGGAAGAGGAGUGAGAGCAUGGGAGGCAGAGAGAAGAGAACGCAGGCUGGUUUCAGCUGAAAUUGGCACAAAGUGAAAAAAAAAUCAUUAUAAUAUUAUAGUAAUAUUCCUACAGCCAGAUUUUCUUCAUUUUCUUCACAAUUUAACACUGAGGGACAUGUUUUCUGAAAUAGUUUCCCAGUCGUGUUACCGACCUGUUGCCAAUUAAAUUAGUCGUCUCCUGCUCCUCGUGCUGCCGUUACUCUUCUAACGGGCCCUCACUUAACCUCACUUUGCUCUGAAUGCCGUAGCAGCGUGCAGGUGAGGAAACCUGUCCUGUAUCAUCAGCACUAAAGAAAAUAUAUGCAGCUCGAUGUCACCUGACUUUGUACAGCGCCGGUUGGAGCCUGCAGGAUUGCACCCACGCAGGACUUAUACCGUAGGUACAUUUCUAUGAUUUCAUGCCGUUCUGGAGCCUGAACAGCCCUGUGCUGUGAUAGGCCAAGGAAAACAUCACCGUUCCUUUUGCUGCAGACUCCCGUGCUUAACUAAAUCUCUCCCCGCACCCCAAAAUAGACUAAUUGUGCAAUCAGAGCUUUGGUAGCCGUGAUACAUUAAGGCAUGACUUUUCCUUUUGUUGUGACUAAUAAGGGUGAAUGUGCCAUCUGUUAUAUCACCACAGUUUAGGUGGACGGAGCCAGAGGCUGAGUCAUGACAGCCCCGCUCUCCGCUGCUUCGGAGAAAUAAUCCGAUUGUGGGGAGAGAACGAGUGACUCUCCUUCUUCAGACACUGCGAUGAAGCCGGCGGAGCAAUAAGCUGCCGACCCCCAUCGACUGCUCAGCAAGUCAGUUGUGGAGGGUUGUUCCGUAGCAUCUGGGUGCCACAGUGGUGCAAAAGCAGGGUGGUGCUGAUGAUGUGCCAGAGUGCUCAGCCAGCUCAGCCACCGUAAAUAAAUAAUGAUGCGGCGUUUUCACAGCACAGCAAAAAUCUGAGGUGACAUGUACUGUACUCAGCUCCUGUUGUUGAUGGCUGGAGACUAAGUUUUAAUACUUUUAUCUUUCACCAAGGAGGAAACCGACUCGUAGACACGUCUGAGUGCAGCUCAACCAUAACGCAUGUAUAAAUAAACUCCAGCAUAUUUAAGGGUCCUGAUGAGUCACUUGGUGUGAACUGAACAUUCUGUCUAUCAGCUUCAACCACAUCAAGUCAGACUCAACAUGAGACAACAUGUAGAGUGCAUUAAAGCAGUUAGACUCUCUCCUGUUCACCGUCUCUUUGCACACAUUUCCCUCCUGAAGGUGCAUUGUCUUCGCUGCUAAUUAGCAUAAGUGACUCCCCACUGCACCCCAUAGGCGAGGUCCCAUCCUCUCUGCAUAAAUGCACGUUUCUGCCUGAAAACCCCCGAGUGGAAAUCCAGAAACGCCGAGCGGGUGCCAACAGUUGUUUAUGCACAGCGGAGGCAGCGCACGGUGUUCGAAAAAGCAAAAUGCGACACAGUGCAUGUGGAACAGACCUGAUGAAUAAAACAUGAUGCGCACGAAGCAUGUGAUUCAAACGUCACUCGAGCUCUCACUGUGGCGACGAGGACGUCACAUCCGAGGGCAGCUGCAACCUUUCGCGUGCACUCGUGUCACGGCAUUUGUCACUGCAGACGAUCGGAUUUCCAUCUGAUUCGAUUUUCUGUAUCAUUUUAUUGCCGACAGGUCAAACGGAGGUGUGCAUCAUGAAGACUGCACCACCAGGCAGCCUCCUGCUUCCACAGGUCACUGUUCAAGUCAUUACUAGCACAAAUAGUCUGUGACUUCUUUAUUCUCUUCUUCACAUGCUGCUGCUGCUUCAUCAUCAUUAUCUGGACAGGCUGAAGUGUUCACGUCUCAGAACAAUAGAAACUGAAACAAUCUGUUUUAGUUUUGUCAGUGUUUUUUUAGCAGCACCUGUUAAAAACAUGAGGAGUAAAAGGGAGAAAUUCUAUAAAAGAAAGGCUGAAUUUAGACUGAAGUGGGAAACCGUUGGAGGAGUUCUUGGCCAGUUCUCUGCGUUAAAGCCUCACUUUGAUAAAAGCAUGUUCUACAGUUGGAACGGAACAACUUGGACUUUGCCGCCACCAUCUGUCCAACAAGCAAAGCUGCACAAACUCAACUAAAGCGUUCUCUGCAGUGGAGCCACAGGAUUAUCCCCCUUUACGUCUAACUUGACUUAAAUAAAUCCUGGUUUUUGGCUUCAAAGCCCCCACGGUUGUAUUUUAUUCAUCAUCAUUUACCAAGAACAGAAUAAAAAGCAUGUUUGCAUCUUAAAAAUCUCACCUGACUUUUCAAAUUGGAUGUUUUUUAUUUGUAAAUGUGUAAUGUGUAAUGUAAAUGAAUGUAUAUUGGACGCAAAGUUUAAAUACUACAUGAUAAUACUAAAAAUUAUUGAUCAAUAAUGUAAUCGUAAUCAAGAAAAUGUAAACCGCCGCUGAAGCUGAACCAUUGAGUAAAUGAAACUGUUUCGCGUCUCGUGGUUCGUGUGCAGACUGUGCAGACAAGAAAGCUUCCUGUUUUCUAAAUUAUCCCCUCUGAGAGGAAGCCAGACACCGUUUAUCAAGUCUGUGAAACAAGCUCCGUCCGUUCGUCCGUCCGUCAGCGUGUGAACCAGGUGGAAAUAAGGUGGCAGUCGCAUCACGAGUCGUCACUGGGAAUGAAUGGUCCAGGUGACGAGACCGGACAAGGAACCCUGAUAGAAUGAAGGAACUGUUUGGGGAUGAAGUGAAGCAAACCAAUGCUUCUCUUAAAGCAGAUGAGGUUUGUCGAGGUUCAUCUGACACUGAGGUUCGCCAUUUUCAAGCCACUUUCACUGCUCAGAGUGGCGGAAACGUGGUGGCUCCCUCCAUUAUAGGUUCAACGAUUAAAAACCUAAACAUCAGCAUCAACUCAGUGCUUCAAGAGUCUAAAACACAGAACAACAACACUGGAGACACCUGUGAUGCUGAGCAGCACAAAAACGCUCUCAUCACAGAAUGCCGGGACAAAGUGAAAGCUGAGCUGAGGAGGAAGCUGAGUCACCUGCUCGAGGGAAUCGCAGCCCACGCCCAAAGAAUACCCCUCAAUGACAUCUACACAGAGCUCUACAUCACGGAGGGACAGAGCGGUGACGUCAACAAGGAGCACGAGGUGAUGCAGAUCGAGGCGGCGUCCAGGCGACACGUGGCCCAGGAUAAACGCAUCCACUGCAACAACCUCUUCGUUCCACCGCCGGGUCGAGGCCGUCACGUCAGAACCGUGGUCACCAGGGGGGUCGCCGGCAUCGGGAAAACGGUCGCCAUCAACAAGUUCACUCUGGACUGGGCCGAGGACGCAGCGAACCACUAUCUGGAUUUUGUGUUUCCCCUCUCUUUCCGAGAGCUGAAUCGCAUGAGAAAGAAGACUUUGAGCUUCGUGGAGCUUCUCUGCAUCUUCUACCCCGAAACAAAAGACUUGGGCAUCUUCACCCGAGGGAAGAGUGCGACGCUCUUCAUCCUGGACGGUCUGGACGAGAGUCGCCUGUCACUGAACUUUAACAAAAGCGAAAUAAUAUGGGAUGUGACGCAGGCGGCCUCGCUUUCGGUGCUUCUGGUCAACCUGAUCCGGGGAAGGCUGCUCCCCUCGGCGCUCGUCUGGAUAACGUCCCGGCCGGUGGCUUCCGGACAGAUCCCCGCCGAGUACGUGGACCUGGUGACGGAGGUGCGGGGGUUCGACGACGCGCAGAAGGACGAGUACUUCAGGAGGAAGAUUCCCGACGCAAGCCUGGCCAACAGGGUGAUCGCACACAUCAAGUCCUGCAGGAGCCUGCACAUCAUGUGCCACAUCCCGGUCUUCUGCUGGAUGGCGGCGAGCGUCCUGAGGAAGGAGUCGUCAGAGGCAGACAGCGAGGACACGCCGAAGACGCUCACCCAAAUGUACAUUCACUUCCUGUCGCUGCACGUGGAGGACGCGAAGAAGCGGGAGGGGAGGCGAGAGUCCAACGCCCAGUGCACGAGGGCCAACCUGCUCGCGCUGGGGAAGCUGGCCUUCGGGCAGCUGCAGAGGGGUCAGCUGAUCUUCUACGAGAGCGACCUGGUCCUCAGCGGCGUGAACCUCGCGCAGGCCUGCGCCUUCUCGGGGGUCUACACGCAGAUCUUCUACCAGGAGCAGGCGCUGUGCGAGGAGAAGACCUUCUGCUUCGUGCACCUGAGCGUCCAGGAGUUCUUCGCCGCGCUCUACGUUUUCCUCACAUUCCACAUCGACAACACCAACGUGUUGGUGAAGAGGUCGUCGGCCUCCAGGCUGUUCUCGUCCAGAGACGCCUCGGAGCUGAUCCUCUACAAAGAGGCGGUGGAGAAGGCCCUGCGCUGUGAAAACGGCCGCCUGGACAUGUUCCUGCGCUUCCUCCUGGGCCUGUCGCUGGAGGCCAACCAGACGCUGCUGAAGCAGGUGAUGAGCAGCAACAGAACCAACCCGAGGACGAGGGCGGAGGUCAUCAAGCACAUCAAGGAGAGGAUCCGGCAGAGCGCGACCCCCGACAGGUGCCUCAACCUCUUCCACUGUCUCAACGAGCUCAACGACCAUUCUCUGGUGGAGGAGAUUCAGAGCUGCCUCAGCCUGGGCCGCCUGCACAAAGCCAAGCUGUCUCCCGCCCAGUGGGCCACUCUGGUCUUUGUGUUACUGACGUCAGAAGACAAGCUGAGCGUGUUCGAGUUGAGUAACUACAACAGGUCGGAGGAGGGUCUUCUACGGCUGCUGCCUGUGAUGAAAACAGCUCAAGUGGCAAACCUGGGCGGAUGUCAUCUCACCGUGACCUGCUGUGAAAUCUUGGCUAACGCCGUGGGCUCAUCUCACAUCCGAGAGCUGGAUGUGAGCAACAACAGCCUGGCAGAUGAAGGGCUGAUUCUGCUGUGCGGCGGCCUGAGGCGCAGCAAACUGGAGACUCUGAGACUGAGGAGCUGCGACCUAACAGAGCUCAGCUGCGACGCCCUGGCCUCCGCCCUCGGCUCCGCCUCCUGCCGGCUCAAGCUGCUGGACCUCACGGACAACGACUUCCACGACAGCGGAAUCGCGAGGCUUUCUGAGGGACUGGCGAGUCCGCACUGCAAAGUGGAAACGCUCAUACUGGCCCUGUGCAGAGUGACAGAAGAAGGCUGCACGUUCCUGGCGUCCGCCUUGAACUCGUCCCGACUGAAGGAGCUGGACCUGAGCUACAACCACCCAGGAGCCUCCGGACUGCAGCUGCUCUCUGUGAUGCUGGGUGACACACAGUGCAGCCUGGAGAAACUCAGUGUGGAUGGGUGCUGUGAAUCCAGAAUUCAACCGGGUCCAAAGAAAUAUGUCACCAAACUCACGCUGGACCCAAACACAGCGCACAAAGACCUGUCGCUGUGCGAGGGCAACAGGAAAGCGACGCGCUGGACCCCGAGGCCGUGUCCCGAUCACCCCGACAGGUUUGACUUCUGGAGACAGGUGCUGUGUACGGAGGGGCUGACUGGACGCAGCUACUGGGAGACAGAGUGGAGUGGGAGGGCUCUCAUAGGAGUGGCAUACAGAGGGAUGUGCAGGAAGGGAGAGGAGCACGACAGCUGGCUGGGCCACAACACCUCCUCCUGGUGCCUCAGCUGCACUCAAGACGGCUACAAGGCCUGGCACGAAGGCAUCAACGCGCCAGUGAGCGUCCCACCCAGCUCCAGGGCAGUGGGAGUGCACCUGGACUGGUCAGCGGGGACGCUGUCCUUCUACAGGGUGUCCUGUGGUUCCCUGACUCUCCUCCACACCUUCCACGCUGCAUUCACUGAGCCCCUGUACCCGGGGUUUCAACUGGGCUGGGUCGACUCAACAAUCCACCUGCGCUGAACCGGACUCGUGGACGCUCCGAUCUUACGGUCGGCGCGGGAAGCUUGCGAUUGACCUCUUCCUCUCGCUCCCACACUACUGCAACAUCAACUUCAGCAGUAGAAGGAAGUCGGAACAAACUCUCCACAGCACGUUUUCAAUUUCUAUAUUUUUCAAUUUUCUGUAUUUAUUCUUAAGAAAUCGGAACCAAAAGGGAGAAGUGGAAAAAAGUUUUAUAAUUUCAAAAAAACCAAAGGAAUAUUUUGUCUAUGCAGCGAUGAAGUCGUUGAUUGUACAGAAAUAUGUUAAAGGUUUUUUGAUGCAUCUUAAAAGAAAAGAGCACAAGGUGAAAUUUA